AUGGGAACUCGAGGCCUUGAGAUAGUGCGCUUUCGCAGGCGUUACUACAUUCGCUUUAACCGGUUUGACAGCUACUACGAGGGUCUCGGCGCCAAUAUUGUCGCGAGAAUCCCCGCCAGCCCCGAGGAAUAUCAUAAAUGGCUCGAGUCGAUGCGAGCCGAGUAUGCGGCCAGGGAAAAGGCCCUUGAAAGUCAUGUCUAUGAGAUUCGCGAUGGCCUUGAACCCGACUAUUCACAAUUUCGCGAGUUUGAGAUGCUACCUUCCGAGAUCCCUCGACUGGGUGCUUUUGCUGAGUACAUAUACAUCAUAAACCUCGACCAGGAAGUCCUUACCAUGAACCACAGCAUACACUGGAAGUUGGGGGAUAUCCCGCGCGAGGAGAAACUGUGGCUUUUCGCCAUUGCAGACAGCAUCUAUCCGUACAAGCCCACCAUCUCCCUCGACCUCUGCCCUGAAAUGCACAUGGCCUCGCCGGCUUUGGCAAUUCCUGAGCAGAACAGGGCGAUUGAAUACCACUAUCGCCUUGUAACCCCGAGGACAGGCCUUGAUGAGGCACGGAAAACUUUUCUCGCACACCUUUCGGCGCAUAUGCUUACUCAAUACAAAGACGCGAUCAUCAAUUAUGGGAUGGAGUGGAGCCCAGACUCAUUUCCGUUUCGCGAGUUGGCAUUUGCUCUUGUCUCAAUUGCGUCUGGUCAAGCCAGGUUUCAUUCUUUUCCUGCUCGGCUGUGUAACCCUCGAAAUUGCCAUUUAUGGGGCUGUGAAUUGGACCAUUUAUACGUGUCCCCCGGAUGGCUUGACGAGAAAUGGGUCGGCGAUAGCGCUCCGUUGUUGGAAUUUGGCUCCCCGUCCCAUCGACCGGGCGAGCCUCCAGGGGCCCUUGUACUGGUUGUUGAUGGCGAGGCCAUCACGAAGGCCGUUACUUGGGGAAUUGAGCAGGAACGUGCUAACUUCCAGAUCGUCGUUCUAUCGCUCUUUAAAGCGGCCUUUGCGGAGGUCUCCUAUGAUGAUGACAAAAAGCCUAUCGUUAAAGUCAGUGGCGCGGUCGAUCUCUCGCCUCUGCGUGCAGAUUAUUGUGUGAGCACACAUCCACGCAUGCGUCCAGAGCUGAAGCCAGGGAUGAAGAUCCAGCAUCAAUGCGGUGAGCGCAUCAUGCAAUCGAACAGCAGAGGGUCCAGACAAAGACUCCAGAGCCAGUUCCCCGGGCUCGCAGCACUCGUCAACUUCUUCGAAGUCGCCGCGAACCGCCGUGCAGCAUCAAAACCAGGAGGCAUUCUUCCACCGGAACUAUAUGACCGGAUUCUGGAUUUUGUCGACUAUGAUACAUGGAAGACUUGCUUACUAGUAUCAACAGUCUUUCGUUCCUGGUGUCUGCGCAAGUACAGGCUUGAUGAUCGGAUGAGGAUUGUGGGAGGGCCUUUUGUGAGGCUACGAAAAUAUCACGAAGAGCGUCUAGCGUCCUUCGACUUCGAAAACAUCCAAACGGGCACGAUCUCUUCAAUGACGUGGGUUCCACACGAUGAAUCGAUGGAGGAGUAUAACUGGAUGCCAGUCAUUGGUAGUGACCGAAGAGCACUCAUGUUGGAUGUAUCCAUCCAGUUUGAGCCGGCGGGGGAUGUGCCAGUGGAGGCCGACAGCGAUGACGAGCGUGUAUGA